UCAUGCGGCUGGUGUACAGAAAUGGUCAUUACGUUCAUUCGAUUGGCAUUACGUUUGUGUUUAUCAACUAAUGCUUGUGGUAGCACUGUGAUUUUUGUUACAAAACACACAUGCAUGUAUGUAUGUAUGGGUUAAAUGUGUGUACGUAAAGAUGGCCCUGUGCGAUUAACUAAAAUCAAGAAAAAAUAAAAAAACAUAGCAAGAAGCAGAAGUUGCAAUAGCACCCAUCUUGUUUCUGGUUAUACGGCAACGGCAACAGCAGCAGCAGUGGCGGACAAGUGUAGUAACUGACGAAAGUGUCGUCGGUGGCAGCUCACAUCCAAACUGUUUAACACCGAGAGCGCAUCUGCAUCUUCUUCAUAAGUCGUUUUAGUAUACUUGAAUAUCCGCUUUAGUAUAAGUUACAUAGCGCUCUAUGAUGUCAGCUAACGCGUGUGUGUGCUUUUAAAUGUUUUUACAAAUUUGCUUGUUGUAUAAAAACUAAUGCAAUUUACCUUUUUUCAAUUACCAAACAUAUUGUUUACCAAAUCCAAACAGUGAAGUGUGCUCGCAGUGUUGAAGGUGUUUAAUAAUAUGUGUAUAUCUCAUAUUUUAAAUUAGGUCUAAAACGCCGACUAGCGCAGGUUCUUCAAGAAUACCAUUUGCUCUUUCGGAGACCCAUGUGAAAUGCCUUAUGAAAAAUUCAACAAAAAGCGCCGACAAUGGGAGGAUAAUGGAGUUUUAGAAUUAAUCAAAUUGUGGAAAGUUUGCGCCUAUGAGUUGCGCACUAUAAAACGCAAUGGCCAUUUAUAUGUGGCUAUGGCAAAACAGUUGACCGCUUUAGGUGUAUCUGUUUCAGCACUGGAAGUACAUUUUAAAGUAAACAAUUUGACACAACGUUACAGACAAGAGCAAAAAACGUUCGAGACCACUGGUAUUAUAAGCACGUGGAAAUUCUAUUCACAAGUGGAUGAUGUUUUCAAAAGUCUGGCCGGCCAAGCAGGUGAUAAACGCAUUAUGACACCUGCAUCUAAUCCGAGCACUUUACCUUCGGCUUCAGAGUCUCCGGUUUGGAAGAAUCAAAUGUCUCAGCAAGAAUUUAACAGUAAUAACUCCGAAGGCUUUUAUAAAUCUGAAUAUGGAAUGCACAGACAUUUUAUGGAUCACACCCAACCUCAACCACCCAAUCAAAACAACGAUGUCAACUUUAUGGCUACCACUGCAGCAGCUGCUGCCGUUGCCGCCGCUUCAGCGCAACUUAACGCAACACCGAAUAACACAAAUACCAACGGUGUUGUGCCAAAUUACAAUAACAAAAUGAAAAAACCCUCAGAGGAUUAUGAUAAAUUCGUAGAUAUUGUUAAAAAUAUCGUGGAUAAUCACAAGGCGACUCCGGACAAAGUAGAUACAUUCGGAGAUUUCAUUAAAUCGUAUAUGAGACGCUGGCCCGAUCGCCUACAGGAUGAAGCCAUAAAUCACAUAACAAACUAUGUCAUUGUUAAAAAUAUGGAAAACUCUAUGAAUAAUGGGGAUGGUGUGAAUAAUAGACAAUAAUGCAAGGGUAUUUAGUAAUAAGGAUGGGUUAUAUAUGGGUACGUACGCAAUUUGCAUAUUUGUGGUAGCCUUAACUACAGUUUAAGUACACAGAGAACGUUACUUAAUUUCAAGUAAAUCAAAAAUUCUUCGUUUUUAAUUUUUAAGCAUAAGUUAUGUGUACUCUUCUAAGGAUAGAAAAAUAUAAAUUAAAUAAUAAAAAAAUAUAAAUAAAUGGUUACUUUCGAAAAAACUGGACGUGUAGAUAAUAACUUUUGUAACGUUAUCUUCUAUUUAUCUUAUAAUACAUAUUUAAAUGAAAUUAAGUAGUUACUUUUAUUUUCGUAUUUUAUAAAAAUAAAAAUCUACACAAUAAAAUAUCUGUUUAAAGCCUA